GGAGGCGGCGGUGGAGGCCACGGAGGAGGAGGCGGCGGUCACGGAGGUGGAGGUGGUGGAGACCACGGCGGCCACUGGGAAAAGGGCGGAGGCAAGAAGCACCACUCCGACCACCACGAGAGCGCCGGCCACAAGGGCGACAAGGGCUACAAGGGCCACCACUCGUACGAGAAGGGUGCCAAGGGCGAGCACGACAAGGAAGGCCACAAGGGCCACUACGCCGACCACGGCGGCAAGAAGAAGAGCCACCACGAGGAUGGCGGACACUACGGCGAGCACCACCACGGCGAGAAGGGCGAGAAGGGAGCCAAGUACGGCGAGGGCGGCAAGCACUCCAAGGGCCACAGCACCAAGGGCGGACACUCGGUGCACAAGAAGGACGAGUACGAGAAGAAGCACGAGUUCUACGACGAGCACCACGAGGGUGGCGAGCACGAGAAGGGCGGCGAGUUCCACGCCCACCACGAGGCCAAGGGCGGCGGCCACAAGAAGGGCGGCCACCACCACGGCGAGCACCACGAGGCGCACCACGGCAAGAAGGGCCACCACGAAAAGGGCGGCCACCACGACGACCACAAGGGCCACAAGUCCGCCGGCGGCCACGAGGAGCACCACGAGCACAAGGACGACUACAGCAAAAAGGGCGGGCACGACGAGGGCAAGCACUGGGGCUACAGCUCCGGAGACGGCGGCGGCGGCGGCGGCGGA